ACGUCGCAUCCUGCAGUUUCAGUCGUUCAGUCGCUUGUGACAUCGGCGAGAAGGCUAAGUUUAGGUCGAAUGUAGACGAGCGACGUUAUCCGCCGACAUCAGAGAAAUCCUGCGUAAAAUUAACUUUCAUCAAGAUGAAUUCGGGAAUGCCCGAGCUGGGCAGCAAAAUCAGCUUAAUAUCGAAAGCUGAUAUUCGGUAUGAAGGACGCCUAUUUACUGUGGAUCCGCAGGAAUGUACUAUCGCGCUGGCUAGCGUUCGUUCUUUCGGAACCGAAGAGAGGGAGACAAAGUACCCCGUUCCUGCUCAAAACCAAGUGUAUGACUAUAUCCUGUUUAGAGGGUCAGAUAUCAAGGAUAUUAGAGUUGUGAAUACACAGCCUCUCAAUGACCCUGCUAUUGUCCAGUCCGAGCUGUCCGUGCCUCCCAGCAUUGGUGGUUCGGCCAACUUCCCCGGACAAGCCUUCCCUCACCCCGUCCUGGGACACAUUGGCGGGCCAGGACCUUUGGGACCCUACCCCCAGUCGAUGGGAGGUCCAAUGGGCGGUAUGUCAGGCAUUGGUGGCAACAUUGCACCGGGUGUAGGUUUGGCCUAUGACCCUCGAUUGGGCAAGCAGCAGAGUGAGUUGGGUGCACCACUACAGUUGGAGCCUCUUCAGGCAGGCCCUGCUCCUGGUGAGCAGGAGCCUCAUGAUUCUGUCCUAGAUCUCAUCAGCGGUUCUCGCUCAUCAACCCCUGGACUUCUUUCCCGCAAGUCCCCAACAAUGGAUGCUGGAGUUCAAUGCACCCAGCCCAAAGAUGACAAGAAGCACCCCCAGAAUCGUGCUGUUCAGCCUCCCAACAGGGGUGAUGGAAGGUCAAGUCAAAACCGAGAUAGGCGAGGAGAUCAAGAGCAGAGGCCUCAGUUCAGGAACUACAGAGAUCCCCAGCAACAACACAGGGACCAGAACAAUGACUACCAUGACAGGAAUCAGAGAAACCAGCACCAGCAAAACCGUGGUGGCUGGGUCAACAACCGAGGAAUGGUACGACAACGGGGUCGAGGCCGAGGUGGUCAGAAUCCCAACUUCCAACGUGCCCCUGGACAACAGUCAGGCCAGAACCAGCAACAACCUCAGCAAGCAGCACCAGGUGCACAGAGAGAAAAGAAGACUCUGAAGUUUGAGGGAGAUUAUGACUUCGAACAAGCCAACACUGAGUUUGAGGAGCUCCGUAGCAAAUUGGCCAAGGCCAAGUUAGAUGCAGACCAGGCUCAGACUAAGGUAAAUGGUGAAUCUACUAGUGAGAAGAAGGAUGAUUCUGGAAACGAGACUGGGGUGGAAAUCAAUGAGCCAGAAGAGGAUGAUACCGGAUUCUAUGACAAGGCCAAGUCUUUCUUCGACAACAUAAGCUGUGAAGCUGUUGAGCGAAGUAAAGGACGCUCCCAGCGAACUGACUGGAGAAUUGAGAGAAAGCUGAACUCUGAAACCUUUGGGGUUGCCUCUGCUAGGCGUGGCGCCUACAGGGGCCGAGGCUACUACCGCGGCGGUAUGGGCGGUGGUAACUACCGUGGUGGCUACCGCGGAAACUACAGGGGAAACCGCGGUGGAUACCAUCAACGAAACAACUCCGGUAUCCCCAACACGACACCUGCUAACGCACAGGCACAGCCAACAGGAAAGUAAUAUCCUGAAAACACCCAGAACUGCUGAAUGAGAAGUUUAUUUGCUAGAGGCAUAUCAAGUGGAAUGGAGCCAAGGAUGUUUUUAUUUGUGUAUUUGACUGACAUUUCCCGUGCACUUGAUGAAGUAAGCAGGGUUGACUACAAGUGGUAUGAACUGUGUUGUAUCCUAUAAUGGAAGAAAGUAUGUGGUGCAAAUGGAGAAAUAAGGUUGGUCCUCUGAUGUCGGCUCAUGAGUUUUUUAAUUUUAUUUGAUUGUGAUGAUCCUGAUGGGUUCCAGCAGUUAAUCUGGGUGUUUGUAAUAAGACAGAAUAGAUGUAGGGGUGGGGAGCUCUUGGGUACUAGACUGUACAGGUUUGUGCAAAGAUCUGAUGUUAAAUGUUUUUGAUUAAUGAGCUCCCUUGUGCCUGUGACAAAUCAUUUCAUGCCUGUCCUAAAUAAUGGCCUUUUAUUUCGAAGGUAGCUGUCAUAUACGUACCUGGUGGCAUGGUAUUUAUCUAGCCUUGCCUGUGAACAACUGCCUGCCUGCACAUGCUAAAUGUGACUUCAAAGUGUAGGCCAAGUCUGUAAUUAAACCUGUCAAUUUAGAGAUCCCUGUAUAGAUCAAAUUUAUUUAGGCCAAAGACGUUGUGCUUGAUGUAAGAAAGGGAAUUUUAUGUUAUUUGUAAACAAAUGAAAGUGUUUUAAGACCAUGUGGACAGGAACUUCUUGGAAAAUGGAAACUUAUAUUGAAAUGUAAGAAGACUACAUUUUUGCUUGUAGAUGCAAGAAAUGGUUCAUGUAGAUAUAUUUUGUUAUUUUUUUAUGUACAUCGUGGAUUUUGACACCCAGGGUGGUGACUUUCGUGAAACGGUUUCAUUUUUUGAUUUAUUUAUGCCAGUCAACAUGUCGGACCGUGAUGGCGAGACGCACAGUGUGAUACUAAAUGAAACGAGCUAUUGUAUUUAUAGAAUUGGGUUACUGGCACGUGGCUCAUUUGUUUCUUUACUGAACUUUGCUAGCAAGAGAUUAAAUAAAAGAUGUCAUUGCUUAAUGCUUUCCAUGUUUCUAAGCUUAUUACUUUCAUUUGUCUUUCAAUCUAAAUUUUGACUGAUCUCGAAGUUUCCAUUUGGUACAAUUCUAGCAAGUGCUGUUUUAACUGUGUAUUUAGUGGAGGAACUCUUCAUGAAUUGAGUAUUUAACAUUGUUGCACAUGAAUUAGUGUUUAUUACCUCCUUUACCUAAAGUUCAGUUCCUUGAGUUUAUCUCAAGUCUCAUUUAUUUUCAUAUCGACUUUGACUUAUUGAUCAGUUUGACUGAAUUGUGCCAGGUCGUAUGUAUUACUGUAAGUUAUCUGAAUGUGUUGCUGUGCAAGUGUUUUUUUCUGGAGCGGAUAUGUCAAAGGUAUAUAUUGUAAAUUUUCAAAGUUUGUUGCAUGUGUUGUAUAUGAAUUGGUCGGUCUUCCUGACAUAGGAUGUCAUACUUCACAUUUUCCUGGACCAUUGCAGGUUUAGAAGCCUGCAUUUUGUUGGCCUAUUGUUGAGCUGUUGAGGCAGUUGUCAGGGAUUUUAAGAUUUGCUGUUUGAAUACAAAAUGUUCUUCUGACUCCAUCUGUUAAGGGCUGUGGUGUGUGCGGUGUGGAUAGAAGUGACUCCAUACGCCUCGUGGGCUUCCUCUAAGGUUGCAAUUGUACUGACUGCAUGGAAAUGGGUGAUCUCAGUGUGGAAUGUUUCCCAAGGUAGACGAAACUGCAGUGGUUGCUCUUCAAGGGUCUAGUUUAAGAUUUAGAGUGUUGUUAGUGUGCUGUUUCGCAAAUCUUGAUGUUCAAAAUUUGAGAAAGCACUCGCAGUGUAAUCCCUCAACACUUGCGGCACAUUAGCUUUUUAAUUUUCAAUCAAGUAUUGUUCAUCUUAAUCUGUCCUUGUAGUGCUGAGGCCCGCACAGUGGGCUCGUGAGCAUGCAGUGAGCCAUUGCCUAAUCAGUGAGCAAUGUUACUUUUGGCCAUCAAUAAAUAAAUUAUCUGAAUCAA